UAUUUCUCUCUCCACAUCCUCAACGUCUUCAAGGGGUCAUUCUGUGACUUUGAAAACGUUUCUCCUUCAUAUCCUCCUUUAGAUUCAGGAGGUUUGCUAUUCUACUAUCAAAAGACCUCCAACAAACCUGUUGAAACCUGACCUACAGUCAGACACAAUCCGCAACAAUGUCAGCAGACGUUGCUGCUCCUGUUUUGCCUGAUGGCAAGGAAGAUGGCAAGGACGAGGAGGUUCGUAGCCCUUUCGACCCCAACCUCCCAGAGGAUCCCCGCCACUCCGAGUGGAUCAAGCAGAGCGGCCAUGCCACCCGUGUCGCAUAUAACUAUGCGGCCUACAACAUGACCGAGGCCGAGCGCCGCGCCGCUGAGGGUGAAGGCCCUAUUCUCGCUCCUGGCGACGUUCUCCAGGAUGAGGGAUGGGCCAACAACGCCACUGUGUAUGAGUGGUGUGACGAGUUUGGCGACGUGGGCCCAGCUCACCCUGUUCUUGAGAAGCAGCUCUUCGGAUCUGAUGUCCACGUUACUACUGGCAUCGAUUUCUCUGGUGUUACCUCCAUCAAUGUUGUCCAAGAGGGCACCAUUCGCAUCAAGCCUGUUCUCAGCUUUGAUGAUGCCGGACUCCACCCUGUCAUGCUUGCCAAUGUUCGUCUGGCUGGCUAUACCGUUCCCACACCUGUUCAGUGCUACACAUUGCCCGCCAUCUUCCAGGGUCAUGAUAUUGUCGCCUGUGCCCAGACCGGUUCCGGCAAGACUGGUGCUUUCUUGAUCCCCACCCUGUCCAAACUCAUGGGCAAGGCCAAGAAGUUGUGUGCACCACGCCCCAACCCCGCGACUUUUGUCCCGGAUUCUCGCAACUUUGCUCGUGCCGAGCCACUCAUGCUCAUCGUUUGUCCCAACCGUGAGCUUGCCGUGCAGAUUUUCAACGAGGCCCGUCGUUUCUGCUACCGCUCGAUGCUCCGUCCCUGUGUUGUGUAUGGUGGUGGGCCCCGCCGCGACCAGCUCAACCAAAUCGCCAAGGGCUGCGAUGUUCUCAUUGGAACUCCAGGUCGUCUCGUUGAUUUCAUCACAAAUGAGCCAGAGCGCCUCUCUCUGUGCCGCCUCAAGUACAUGAUUGUCGAUGAGGCCGAUGAGAUGCUCAGCCCUGACUGGGAAGAUGAGUUCAAGGUCAUCAUGAACGGUGGUGACCAGGAGGAUGGCAACAUUACGUACAUGAUGUUCUCUGCGACCUUCCCCAAGGCCGCCCGCGACCUUGCAAAGGAGCACCUUGCCAACGACUUUGUCCGCAUCCGCGUCGGCCGUGCUGGAUCCACAUCCACCAACAUCGAGCAGAACAUCAUCUAUGUCGAGCCAUCCGCCAAGCGCCAGGCCCUCCUCGACUUCUUGUACUCGCGUCCCCCCGCCCGUACCAUUGUGUUUGUCAACAGCAAGCGUAGUGCCGACGAGCUCGACGACUACCUUUACAACAUCGGUAUGCCCUCUACGUCGAUCCACUCCGAUCGCACCCAGCGCGAGCGUGAAGACGCUAUUCGCUCCUUCCGCAUUGGUGCUGUUGGCAUCCUCGUCGCGACCGGAGUCUCUGCUCGUGGUCUCGACAUCAAGAACGUGAUGCACGUCAUCAACUUCGAUCUUCCCAACGCCGACUUUGGCGGUAUCGAGGAGUAUACCCACCGCAUUGGCCGCACCGCGCGCAUCGGCAACCGCGGCCUCGCCACCUCAUUCUACUGCGACCGCAACGAGGACCUGGCCCUCGACCUCGUCAAGACUCUCAGCGAGACCAACCAGCCCAUCCCUGACUUCCUGCAGGCCUUCGUCCCCGAGGGCGGCGCCGCCGAGCUGCAGUUCGAGGUCGACUCCGACUUUGGCGGCGACGAUGCUGAGGAGGAGGCUGCCGCUCCGGUGGCUGAUAAGCUCAUUGAUGUCCUCGCCGACACCGUCAGCAAGAACCUCGUCAUGAAUACCCCCACCAUGCCGCGCUUCCUGCCAGGCAUGAAGCCACGUGACCCUACCGCUCAGCCAGAGCAGAAGGUCGUUGCUCCUGCGGCCCCUGCCGUCCUCGAGCCGGUCAACCCCAAUGUGCCGCGCGUUAGCGCUAUCGACAUCAAGGGUAAGGGUAAGGAGAUCGAGGUCCCAAUCCCAACUGUCACCGUGACUGCUCCCAGCGUCACCGCCGCUGAUGAGGAUGAUGACUGGUAAGCACCUCGCCUCGCCCUCCGCCGACCAGCAUUCGAUCCCUCAAUCUGCUCGUCGGCUGACGCAAAUGGAACUUGUACGAUACCAAUGACGCACCUUGCGAUUGCGGGGUUAGAUGAGAUAGAUGAUGGCUAGUGCCCCGACUUGUUCUUUCUUCCUUGUCUUUCUCGCUCUCUUUUUCCUCGUUUUUCUCCUGCGGGGACAGCCAGGCUCUUGCUCGGAUAGUUUCGCUGGAUAGGUCACCGCCGCGCAGGGAAGGUGUUAUCUGGGAAUGCCCGAUUCUCGGUUGGUCUGGAUAGACGGGAGAUCGGGAGGGUGUAUGCUUUGUG